GGGGGAGACAUGCUUUUAAUUUCAAACGAUUUCACUUUCCCUUCCAUUCUUCUUCUUCUCCUCCAAAAUUCCAAAACCUAAUAAAUAAAAAAAAAGGAAUUUUCAAUUAACCAAAAUCACAACCCAUAAAUACAUAGUUUUGAAUUCUCUGAACUAUCACUAUCAUUCAUACACACACACACACACACACACACACAAAACAAGGUGAGAAAAAAAGCGUAUCUUUUAUUAUCUCUCUCCACCACCAUAAAAAGGUAUCUCUUCAACAGCUUAUACUGUCCGCUAGUGAGAGAGUGUUUAUCAGUCACUUUCUGUAUCUAUCUUCUCUGUGUCAUAUACCUUUCCAAAACACCAACUCAGAUCCAUACAUACAUACAAACACCUAUAUGUAUCAGAACCCCCCUUCCGAUACAGUAUAAUCUGUAUCUAUAGUAGGAGGCUAGGAUUUGGAUAUGGAGGGAAGAGUGAGGAAGUAUGGGAACAAUCAGCAUCACCAAUUGAGUCCAGAUAGAGCUAAAGUAUGGAAGGAAAGGUCUCCCAAGUACCACCAACGCCAGCCGGAAGUCGAGCCGGAGAACGAAUUGGAAUGCAAGGGUCGAAAAGUACCGGUGGUGUAUUAUCUGUGCCGAAAUCGACAGCUUGAGCAUCCGCAUUUUAUCGAAGUGCCCCUCGCGUCGUCCGAAGGUCUUUUCUUGAGAGAUGUGAUUGAGAAGCUUAAUGGUUUGAGAGGAAGGGGUAUGGCUUCUAUGUAUGCCUGGUCUUGCAAGAGGAGCUACAAGAAUGGAUUUGUAUGGCAUGAUCUUUGUGAAGACGACUUGAUUCUUCCGGCCAAUGGGAACGAAUAUGUCCUCAAAGGUUCUGAGCUUGUUGAUGAAGCUAAUUCAGGGCGUUUUACUCCUGUAAAGUUGCAGAGUUUAAAACAAUUACCAGAACCACCGUCUGCAAGGAGUCAGGAUGACUCAUCUUCGUCAACAAGCUUGAGCGGAAGAGAGACUAAAAAUUCUCAGGAUGAUGAACUAUCUCCUCCUGUUCGCCUUUCUAGUUCGUCUGGUGUGUCCCCAGAGUCUAGAGGUGGGAAAAGCACAACAUCAAAUGGUUGUCUUAGCGUCAUGGAAUACAAGAUCUACAAAAGUGAUGGUCUUGCUGAUGCUUCCACUCAAACAGAGGAAAACAUUAGAGCUAAUAAAGCUCGAGAAACCUGCACACGUGGGGUUUCAACUGAUGACGUGACAUUAGAAGCUUUAAAAAACGAGUCUUCUCAAAACCAUCCCCCUUGUGCUAAUGAUAAUUCUGAAAUACAAAUAGAUCCAUCCCCUCCAUCGACAUCCAGUGCAGGAUCAUCUGGUGGAAAAACCGAGACCUUGGAGUCUCUAAUUAAAGCUGAUGCUAGUAAAUUCAGUAGUUUUAGAAGACUAGACGAAGGUCAAAUGCCAGUCAAUACAAAGCUCAGGGCUACAGAAAUGCUAAUGCAACUGAUCUCGUGUGGGUCAAUAUCGGUUAAAGAUCACAGCUUUGGCCUAAUUCCAUCUUACAAGCCAAGAUUCUCGGAUUCAAAAUUUCCAUCACCAUUAUUCUCGACAUCUGUAAUGUUGGGCGAGCUUGAUUGCUUGCCAGAUAAUCCAAAGUUUAUGAGCAUGAGGUUAGAAGACAAGGAAUACUUCAGUGGGAGUUUAGUGGAGACAAAUAUGAUGAAAGAAGAAGGCGUGCCAGCCCUAAAAAGAUCAUCUUCUUACAAUGCUGACAGGACUAAUAAUGGCGAUCACGUUUUAGAUAAAGAAGCAACAACAACUCGCACAAAGUGCAUACCAAGAUCACUUAAGGUCUCACUCAGUAGACACCCAAAAAGUGAAUCAAUGAGAUCCCCGAUUUCUGAUGGUCCAAGAAUCUCAUCUGGGGCAGGCCCUAGUUCAAGAAUUGUAUCACCGUGUCCCUCCAACUGCAGUAGCAAAAGAAUGACAGGGCAAUGCUCGUCGAAGAAACAAUCUGGCAGAUUAGAGUCUUUCCGGGAAGAGAAGGACAAUGUGAUCAAAAUUGAAGAAAGGCUUGCUUCUGGAGCUCGGGUUAUCAUCCACUCGGAAGCACCUUAUGAAACUGAAGGUGGUUUACCAUGAAUAGAUAUUGAUGGUCAAUGAGCUUAUGUAAAGCCAUACUCACGAACCAAGUCAGAUUACAAUACUAACCAAUUAUUACUUCAAAUGAGAACAUGUAAAAAAUCAAUACAACUGCCGGAAAAUAAUUCCUUUAUUGUAAAAGACUCGAUUGUCCCCAAAAUUGGAAA